UCCCUCCGUCGUGACUCCGGAAGGGGCGGCGCUGGGUGGCCGUUUGAACGCAGGCGGGAGUCUCGGCGCCGCCGGUCGGGCAGACCCAGCUACCUUGCCGGAGAAGGGCGGCGAGGCAAGGAGGGGCUCCUUCUCCCUCCUUUGGGUUCCCGGCCGGUCGAAAGCUGAGCCCGCGACGAAACCGCCCUCCCGGGGAUGAGCGCCGCCGCUACUGGCCCUCCCGGGCACAGCUGCAGCUCCUCGCCGGAGCGCCGCGGCCGAGCGGAGGAGGAGCUGCUCCGGACCGAAGGGCGAUACCUGGAGCAGCUCGAAGGGGUUGCGACGUAUUUUGUGGUCACCCUGAAGGCCAAGGGGAUCCUGAAGCCAGACAUCCAUGAGAUUCUCUUUGGACCCUGGGAGUCUAUCUGCUCUGCCAGCCGGACACUGCUUUUCCACCUGACCAGAGGCCAUUUUGCAUUGGGACUCGAGAGUUUCUGCCACCAGCUGGUGUUCUAUGUCCACUAUGCAGAGAAUCUGGAAGUGGCCCAGAACAUCCUGAAGAAACUGAUUAAGAAGAACAAAGCCUUUUCCCGCUUCAAGAAGCUUCAGGAAUCCCGUCCAGAGCUUAAAGGUUGCCGGCUGGAAGAGCUGCUGCCUCUGCCCCUGCAAAGGCUCCAUCAGUAUAGGCACCUGCUGCAAGAUUUGGUGGAGCAGACUCCCCCAGAGAGCUCUGGAUUUGACCAACUUCAAGGGUCCCUGAGGUCUGUCUUGGAGGUCCUGCGCCGAGUCCAGGAAAUUGCUCGUGUCCAUGAGAACCUGUUGAUGAUGAGACGGAUUCAGAAACAGCUCAAGGGGCGGAAGGCCCAAGUGCUGGCUCCAGGGCGCUGGUAUCUCCAGGAAGGUUGGCUGAUGGAGGUCCCCUCCAAGGGGAAGGAGAUGCAGCGCAGGAGGUGUUUCCUUUUCUCUGAUAUCUUGUUGUUAACCAAGCCUUGCCACCCACUCCAUCCUUGGAAGUCACACAAGUUUGCUUGCCAGGCCAUUUACCCUCUCAGUCACUGUGUUGUGGAGAAGGUCUUUGGUCACACCCAGAGCCAAGGAGGGCUGCUCAGUCUCUCUUUCCCACAAAAAAAACUACUAUUAAUGUCUUGCGAUCAGGACGAUUUUGCCAAAUGGCACCAGAAUCUGGUGGUGGCUAUCAGGUAG